GGCAAUAGUGCGAGAUGAUUAUUAUAAUAAGAAUUUUUGUGACCAACUGUGCCAAUGGGCUGAAUCUCGGGCUUGUAGCCAGCAAGCAUGUCCCAUCAACUGCCAACUUGGUGACUGGGAAGAGUGGUCAGAGUGUGACCCAUGUGUUAAAAAACAGUUCCGUGUCAAGUCUCUGCUACAACCAUCUCAAUUUGGAGGUCAGGAUUCUUGUGGGCCAAUGGUGGAUGACCGGCCCUGUUUUCCAGAAAAAUUAUGCAACGUAGAGGAAGUGAACUGUGGAAAUAAGUUUCAAUGUGAUAACGGACGCUGUAUUGCCAGGAAGCUAGAAUGUAAUGGAGAAAAUGACUGUGGAGACAAUUCAGAUGAACAAAAUUGUAGGAGAAUAAAGGUUGUCUGCACAUCGCCAUAUCAAAGCAUACCCAGCGUGCACAGCAUGGGCUUCGGGUAUCAUAUCCUGGCUGGAGAAACCCGUGGAGAAGUCCUUGAUUAUUCAUUCAAUAACGGUAGCUGUGUUGUGCUGAAAAGUGAAGACCAAAGAACUAGAUAUCGUCUACCUGCUAACCUCUACAACAUCACUUUUGAGGUGAAAACUCAAGAAGAUGAUGUGAUAACCACGUCCUACACCAGCUUAACACCCUUGGUCCGUUCUUAUGAUAAAGCCUCCUCUUCUAGACACGUUCAUUGGGAUACUAGUGGGAUCCCCUAUUUUUGGGGCUCAAUAUCAACCACAACAUCAACCUCAUCUUAUGCGUUCAAGCAAGCUAUGAAAGCAUCCCAAAAAAUGUCUUCCAAAUAUAUUAGGAUCCAUAAAGUGUUCGCAGUUUCAAAUUUCAUGGCGAAGAAGCAAGAUCUGCAACUCUCUAACGUGUUCUUAAACUCUCUGAAAAAAUUGCCUCUGGAGUACAACUAUGCUCUAUACAGCCAGAUUUUUGAUAACUUUGGGACACAUUAUUACACAUCUGGUAUAUUGGGAGCCAAAUAUGACCUUCUGUACCAGUUUAGUGAGAAAGAAAUAAAAAAUUCAGGUAAGUGGGUCCAUAGGAUGUGGGUGUCAGGGUUCCAAAUAGUAUCCAAAAUUAAAUCAGAGUCCAAGGCAAAGUAUUGCUCAAAGGUUUCCCCCAUUGUGGAUUUGGUGAAGAAUUUCCCAUGCUCUGCAACAAAACGUUUUAAUCUCAGGGAGGCCUUUUCUGAAUAUAUGAGGAAAUAUGACCCCUGUCUCUGUGCCCCGUGCCCCAAUAAUGCUCAACCAGUUUUAUCAGAAACUGGAUGCCUCUGUGUAUGUAAGUCUGGAACAUAUGGAAGCAACUGUGAGCUGCGAGCACCUGACUACAAAUCAGAUGCAGUAGACGGCUACUGGAGUUGCUGGUCACCGUGGAGUGCUUGUGACGCAUCUUUUAAGAGGCAAAGAACUCGGCUGUGCAACAAUCCUGAGCCCAUGAAUGGAGGAAAACCUUGUAAAGGUGACGCUGAAGAUGAGGAACGGUGUUUUAUCUCAAUGUUUAAAAGCCAAAUGAAAAACCGUGUUAUGAUGUUGGAGAACAAGCAGAAGUGAUUUGCUUCAGUGGCCAUUUUCGCUCAGGAUAUCCAUUCCUUCGCUGCCUUGCAGACAAAACAUGGGCACAACCACAGAACGUUGAGUGCCAAAUUUUGGUUUGGGGUGCUACUUGUGUAAAUGAUGAUGACUAUACUGAAGAAGGCCGGAUAAUACCUAAAUGUGACACGGGAUGUUUCACUCCAGAAGCACCAGAAAAUGGAUUCAUCAGGGGUUGGCUUGUGACAGACCAUCAGUUUCAGAAGCUGUCCAUGUGACCCCAUUUAAAAUUCAGUAUGAUGUUGGGGACCAGAUCCACCUGACCUGUCCUAGAGGGUACAGUUUUACAGGCCUAGAGACUUAUGUAUGUGGGGACCGAAUGUCCUGGAUACCUGCUAUUCUGAACUCACUUGAAUGCAAGAAAAUUGAUCCACUUCAGGUCAAAGAUAAUUGCAGUCUUGGGAAAAAAGAGGUGGAUUCCCAUUGUGUCUGCAUAUCCCCGGAAGAAGACUGCAACACCGGCUCAGAAGGUAUUUGUGUAUUGGAUGUACAAUCUGAACAAGCUGUUACAAAUCCUAGCUGUCGUUUUCUGGCCGAGAAGUGCAGGAAUGAUGAACAAGUCCAUUUUAUCCAUAAUGGACCUUGCAAUGAUGACACCAGGUUGACAUGGGCUAUUCAGAGAGCAAAUCUUUCAGCAAAUUCAAGAAAGAAAGAGCCUUGUGGAUACGAUGUAUGCUAUGAUUGGGAAAGAUGUUCAGAAGAAAGGUUGCAGUGUACCUGUCUGCUUCCAAAUCAGUGUCCAAAGGGUGAAGAACAGGUCUAUUGCAUUCAAUACGGACCUAGAAAACAAAGGAGGACAUCAACUCUCUGUGUACUUGGAGCCAUGAGAUGUGCCAGUGCGAGGGUAACGCUCUUGCAUCCUGGGAAAUGUGUGCCAUAAAAUGAGGUGGCAAACAAAUAUCCAAUGUCCUCAGCCCUAUUUCAAUCACAGUUCAAAAUAAAUUCAUUGAAUUAAAAUGUUGGUUUAAGAACUGAAUUUUGUUUAUAUCUCCUACUAAUUGUUUCAGUUGAAUCUAUAUAAAAUUGAUGAAUCUCAGCACCUUGGGAGUUUUGAGAACAAGUGGUUAGCAUAUUCAUCAUAUAGCUACCAUAAGAGUAGUGGUGGGAUUCAGCCAGUUCGUGCCUAUUCGGGAGAACUGAUUGUUAACUUUU